UACAAACACUGCCAUCGGCCCUUCGGAUGCUUUCGGUUAUUUGCUGCGGAUUGAACUGGAACUACUUUUUUCCUUAGCAGCAAAAGCGUCAAAAUGGCUGCCUGGCAGCAGACGCCGGAAAAGAUAACUGACAUUAGCUGUUGUUUCUGUUUUAGAACAAACCUUUCAAAUUGUUAUUCACUUUCUGGUCCUAAGUUUUCGAAAUUCAAUAAUCUAUUUUCUUCUUUUUUAAGUUCAAAUCAAUUAUUACAGGAAAUUACCAUCAUACCAUCCACUCGGUUAUGCCGUGGUUGCUUUCAAAAGAUACAAAAUUUUAUUUCCUUUAGACAAGAGGCAGUUAGUAAUUUGAUUAAGUUUAGAGAUGGGUACCAACAAUCCAAAAAAAGAAUGGCUAACUUCUCUCCAGAUUUAGAUUUAAGUGUAGCAGUCCAGGCAGAUACAAGUGUAGAAGAUUCAUCGCAAUUAUGUAUUAUCCCACGUCCAUCAGUUAAAGAAGACAGAGCUAAGAGUAAAGAUGAAGAUUUCUCACAGCUAUACUCAGAACAUGAUUACAGCAGACAAAUAUCUUCAGGUCAUUUCAAUAUACCUAUUGAAUUACAAAAACCUACCAAAAAUAUUGACAAUGAACAUGGAUAUACUAGACCAAGAACAAAUGGAAAAGCUGUGUGCAAAGAAUUGUUUCCUGUACCAAUUAACAGAGAUGCACCAGACCUGAGUAUAAAACCUAUAAACAGUAAUAAGAACUUUUUAAAGGUAAUCAGUAAUGAAUGCAUGCAUGUUUCCACCAAGCGUCAAGGUGAACAGAGUGUUUUAAUGAGGAAAAAAUCCAUGGAAUCCCUUGCAGAUGAAAAUACUGAUAUGACAAGAGAAAUUUUGAAAGAAAUGAAAGACAGAACCCCAUCACUGUUGGAAAUGUUGGAAGCAACUUUUGUAAAAGAGCACAAUGACACUGCUGAUGAGAAAAUAAAGGAGGCAAUAGCAUUAGUUUAUGGAGUGAUUAUGUUUACCAGAAAUCCAGAAUUAAGUGCUUAUCAGAGAUUGAUAACAGCCUUAUGUAUUAGGGGACGUGCUGAGGAUAUGCUUUUAAGUCGACUGAACAAGAUCGGGCUUACAUUGUCAACUGCAAGUAAGCAGAGGUUGAUAGCAGAGUGUGGAAAAAACUCCAACAAAAAAUUGAUAGAUUAUUUAGAGGGAAGUCCAUUGCUAAAAAUAACUGGAGACAACUUGGACAUAUUUAUAAAGCCAAGUUGUCAAUCUACAGAAAAAAGCAAUUAUGAUCUCCACUUAUUUGCUUCCAAUGCAAUAUCAUGUAGAGCCGCUACCCCAGACCUGAAUAUGUCAGCACCAAAAGAUGUAGGGCCACUUAACAGUGAUAUAGUGAGAUUAACAGAUACAGAGAAGGAUCACAUUAGAAAUUCGUAUAUUGUUCUGGUAGGUUCCAAUGAAAUACAGCUUCAUUGGUUGAACUUGAAAUGUUACAAAGCUUUGUAUAGAAAAGAGAGUAUGAUGGAAGAAGGCACAAUGUCAUACUUUAGAAAUGUAUUGAAAAAAAACGAUGUCAAUGGGAAGGUCAAAGGCCAUUUCAAGACUCAUAGUGAGUUCUUCAAGAUACUUACAGAGUCCCUUAUCAGAGAACAGGCUCUUGAACUUUUCAACAUGAGGGAGACAUCAGAUGAUACAUUUCCCGCUGGUAUAGACAAGGCAUGCCGAGCCACAAAAGAGGUUGCCAUGCGUAAUAUUGGCAACUCGCUACUCGACAUGCUGGGUUUCCUACAAGCGGGAAUGAAUACAGACGAUGAGAAGUUCAACUACUGUAGUAAUCUUUGUCUGCGAGGAUUGCAUUAUUUGCAAUUGGAGGAUACUGCCAAGGAAGGCAAUUUGACCAUGGUCUCACCCAAUUUGAAGGUUUGCAUACCUAUAUUUUAUCAGCAUUCCUGUCUAUCUAAAUACAUGGUGGAGUGUAUUGACUACCUAAUGAAGGUGAAUCAUUACAUGUCUCCUUUAGACAGCCUAAGGAUUCUGGAGGGAAGUUUUGUUAAUUUAAGAGGUGGUGUUGGGAACAAUGUAGAAGCUGACUUGGUACAGGAACACUCUGUGAGGAAUCAGAAGGAUCUGAUAAGGGGGCUAGGUGCCAACAAAACUGAAAAUGCCAUAUCAACAGUAACAGCAGCUGCUCCUAUCAUAACCUCCAUAUGCAGAAAUUUUGAUAACCAGCAUGAUAUCAUCAAAAAAGGUAAUAGGCAUACCAAACACAUAUCAGAAGAAGACGUCAAUAUCUUGAAAAAAUCGUUGAGAAAGUUAAGGCCAUUCAAAGUAACUGCAGGUCGGAAGUGCAGGAGUUUUAAUAACAUUACAAACAGUCCAGCUGGGAGAGUUGAUGUCAACAAGAUGGAAAUAGAUAUCAAUAGAAUAGUAGAGAGAUUAGGUAGAGGGUUGGCCCAGAAUGAUGAUAGUGAGGAGGAUGAUGAUGAUGAUGAUGAUGAUGAUGAUGAUGAAGACACUGAUUCUGAUUUACCAGAUAUUCCCUGAAUUUGCCUUUUUGAAGUCAGUUGUGAGGACAGAAUGUGGAGAUUUUCAGUAUCAACGUUGUUAUAAGAAAUUAGCUGAUUCAGCAUGCAGGUUAUAAAGGUUCAAGAUUCUUUUUGUAUCUUAUAAUUAAUGUAAUUUUAUUAUUUGUAAUAUUCAGUACAUUAAGGAUGUAAUUAGGAGAAAUUAAAUGAAGCAGGAAUUUAAUAUUGAUACUAUAAGUUGGAAGAACAUAUUAGGUUAAAGAUAAAAUAAGCUAAAAUAUUGAUAGUCAUUGAGGUUAUUUUUAAAAUAUUAAAAUAAAUUGCCUAAGAGAGAAUGGUUCAAUGACAAUUCAGAAUUAAAGAAAGGAUGCAUUUUAUCACCUCUUUUGUUCAUUAUUUUUAUCAAUGAUCUUAUUGAUGAGGUCUAGAGGUUAAAUGUUGGCAUAAAACUUGAUGAUGAUAUUGUUUAUGUAAUUGUAUAUGCAGAUGACAUUGUAUUUAUCUGUGAUAAUGAAAAAGAUUUACAAAAAAUAUUAGCCAUUUUAGGUCAGUGGUAUAACACUAAUGAUCUUGUUGUAUAUUUAAGUAAAGCAUGUCAAAAAUUGUUCAUUUUAGACCCCAGUCAGUACAGAGAUCUAGGUUUCCAUUUAUGUUUAAUGAUUAUAGCAUAGAUAUUGUAGGAAAUUAUAUAUAUCUGGGACUAGUGUUGAAUGAAUAUUUGAAUUAUAUGGAUACACAAAACUUUUUGAUACACUGGUUAUGUCAGUUAUCGAUUAUGGUGCCUCAAUAUGGUGAGCUAGGGAAUUAACAGGUAUAAAUGCAAUUAAAAAUAGAGCCAUGCAUUUUUUUAUGGGUGUCGAAAAUUAUACCCAAAAUAUAACUUUAUAUGGAGAUACGGGCUGGAUGCCAUAUAUAAUUAAACAAUGGUUAUGUAUUUUUAGGAAUUGAACAAGAUUUUUGAAAAUGAAUUAUACCUGACUUACUAAAAAAGUGUUUUUAUGGGCAAAUACAAUUUGUAAUAGUGAAAUCAAAAACAGAGAACUUGAUAUUGAAAAUGUUUGUAAUAUAAACUGUACUUUUAGUAAAAAUUAUAUUAAGAAUAUUGAGAGUAGUGUAUUUGAAUUGUACAAGAGAAAAUGGUCACUGUAAACCGUGUACCUAUA